AUGGCGACACCACAGCCGAGCGAAGGUGUGACUGCCAACAGCGAGACGCCAAAGAAGGAUGUCACGGCAGAGGGAAAUGCGGGCCAGAAGACUGGUGGGAAGGCACAGGCACAGAAGAGCACGGCGCCCCAGCCGACAGGAGACGCGCCAAAGAAGCCUUCGGGUGCAGAGCUGAAGGCGCAGAAACAAGCAGAGAAGGCCAAGCGGAGAGCAGCCGUGGUGGCGGCGAAGGAGGCAGGAGUGGGCGCCGUUCAGCUAAAAGCAGUACCAGGAGCGGGUGCAGCAGCAGGUGGCGGUGGCGGCGGUGGCGGCAAGGCCAAGGGAAAGCAAGGCGCAGACGCCGCAGGCAAUACAGGAGGAGGUCCUGGUGUCGGAGCAGGCUCCGGAGCAGGGCCGCUGACAGGUCCGAUGGCACGGCGGCCAUCCGUAGCUGCGGUUGCGGCAGCGGCAGCGGUCGCUGCGGCUGCCACGGCGACGUUGGAACGCGAGAGAGAGCGCGAAAAGGAUUACCGCAGCGGCAUCCCCGAGUGCUUCAGCCAUCUGUCGAUGGCGAAGCGCAUCUCAGUCUCCCAGGCACACAAGGACGUCCAUCCGGCCGUGCUCGCGGUUGGUCAGCAGAUGGCUACCUUUACGCUGCGUGACAGCAUCGCCCGUCUGGAGGCUACACUCGUCGCAUUCAAGAGGGUCAUCCAGUCCUACAGGACACCGCCGGGCAACGCCUUCUCGCGGCACUUUGUGUCGCAUGUGCUCAACCCGCAGAUCGAGUACCUGACAGAAUGCCGGCCAAUGUGCUUUGCCAUGGGCAACGGGAUCCGGUUGCUCAAGGCGCGCGUGUCACAGCUGGACCUGGACUUGGACGACAAGGAUGCGAUCGAAGACCUGUGCGACUCCGUGGACGCUUUCAUCCAGGAGCGCAUACACGUCGCGGCCGUGGUCAUAACGCGCGAGGCGGCCGAGAUGAUUGAUAAUGGCGAUACCGUCUUGACGUACGGAGGACCCCGGUUGGUGCGGGCUGCCCUCGAAGAGGCUUGGGCCAACGGCAUCCGGUUCGACCUGAUCGUCGUGGACGACCCGGACGACACGGCUGCCGGCCAGGCACUGGCCAAACACUUUCGCUCGCGAAGGGAUACCGAGACGGCAGCAAGUCGUCGUCCUGAGAUCCACGUGACCUACAGUCACUCUCUCGACGGCCUUGACAGUCACGUGGCGCGUGCCACAAAGGUGCUGCUGGGCGUCGAGUCGGUGUUUGCCAACGGCGCACUGCUGGGGCCUGUUGGCACCUGCGACGUGGCCCAGUCGGCCUCAGCUCUGGGCUGCCCGGUCAUCGCGCUGUCAGAGACGGUCAACUUUGACCGCGACCGUGUCGCUACGGAUGCGCUGGCACACAACGAGAUCGACCCGGAUCACUGCGACAGCGACUCAUUUCGGCUGCUGUUCGACACGACUCAGUCCAGCCUGGUCAGCAUGCUGAUCACCGAGUACGAGGAGGCCAGCGGCAUGGUGCCUGCGCAGGCCAUCUAUUCCGUCUUGCGAAGCAAGGAGGACCUCAAUUGA